AGUUUAGUUCAACUUCUAUGUGAGCUGAAAGAUAAAAACAAAGCUUUGAAAUAUGAAGCUGAAAAUCUAAAACUUAGAUUGGAAGAUGCUCAAGGUGAUAUUAAGAUUUUGCGUAAAGAAAUUGCAAAACAGAAUUCAGGUUCAAAUGAAAACGUAUCUUUGAAUUAUGUACCUUUCUGUGAAAAAGAAGCCUUAGUGAAGCAAUUGGAAACAUUAAAUAUGAAGUGUAAACAACUUAUGCAAGAUUUACAAGCAGUAUUAGACGAAAAGGAAGAAUUAGUUACUGCUAGAGAUCAAUACAGACAUAAAUUUGAAAGACUUAAUCAACAGAUGAAUUAUGUCCUUAGAGGAGAUCAACCAACACUUGUUGAUAUCGAUGGUAUUAUAAUGCAAAACAAAUAUCUUCAAGAAAGAAUCAAGCAGGCUGAAGAAGAAAAGGCUGUUACUGCAUCAGCACUUGCAAAAUGCAAAGCACAAUACUAUGCAGAACGAUUUCCUCCUUGGGGUUUUGUUACAAAUCUGACUAUGCCAUCUGAAAAGGAUUUAUACUAUAUAACUAAUUUUCUGGCUCUGUUAGAAAAGAAGAGGCCCAAAGGUGGAAUGAGAAGUUCAAUAGCAUCUGGUUUGGCUGUUAGUGCAAAACAAGUAGAACAGUUACUACAGAAUAACCCCUUUCUUGAUCAUUCAAGUAAAUCUUCAAAUGUUGUUGAAUUUCGAAAUUUAGUGAUGACAUUAUUGGAAGCUUUGAGUGAUAAGAGUAUUGCUCUUUCACACCAAAAGAAAACGAACAAAAUCCUUGGGAGCAGAGUAUCAGAAUUAGAAGAAAAAAUUAAAUCAAUGGAAGUGUCAACACUUUGGCGCAUUCCUGAUCCUAGUCAAUUUUCUAUCCUCCUGCAUGGUUGUGGAGCUGAUGAAUUAAAUGUUCCUGAAAAGGCUUCGCCUCAGCAUUCAUUAAUGUCAUCUGUUGAUAACAAUGAACAAAAAGAUGAGUCAUCAGAAAAUAUCCUUGAUGACCAAAGUAUUAAAAGUGAUGAUCAGUGUUCGGUAUCUGAACUGAGUGCAGAUGUACGAACUAAUUCUGGCUUUAGUGAUUUAGAUAUUCUUCCAACCAAAGAUUAUCCAAUGAAAGGUGUCAUGUUUGAUAGAAGAGAGAGUAUGAGUAGUUGCAGUCAUUAUAGUGACUCUAAAAUUAGUUCUGAAUCUCCUUCACCUAUACACAUUCUCAGGACUCUCCACAGUGAUUCUGAAAUUACUCCAAAAAAGUCUGUCAGCAUCAACAGAAUUUUUAAAUCAUCUACCAACAAAGAUCGUCAUGAAUGGUCAUCGUUACAUGUAGAGGACUUGCCUCCAAAACUUCAAAAGUUUGUAGCUGCAGCCUUUGCUGAAAUUGAAAAGGAGACGUGUGAGGAGGAAACUGUUGUCAGAAGCCCUGUCCGUAAGCAAAAAUCUCCUGUUCCUGCUAAUGUAAGGAAUGAUCCAAAUUGCUGACAUGUUAAUUUAAAUCAAGAAUGAUUUAAAACUUCCUCCUUGUGGAAUAUCUGAGCUGUCAUAUAGGAUAUUUAUGAUUUAAAAAUGCAAAGCAUUGCAGCACGAUGCCAGGUGAGUUAGUGCUUUUGUAAACUUCUAUAAAUUUUUGCUACAUAUGCAUAUCAAAUUUUUCUCUUUGGCAAUAACUAUACUUCAAUGCAACAUAUUAUGACUUAGAAACAAUGACAUUUAAUGCUAGAAAUGAAGACAUUUCUAGUGUAUUGUCAUAAAUCAUCAAAAUAAUGUUAAUGAACAUCAGAAUUAUUCUAUAUUUAAAAUUUUAUGUAUUUUAAAAAUUGAUUAAAUAUGUCUUUGUUGUUGGGUUAUUGGCUAUAAGAAUUAACAUAGUAUUCAUAAAUUUGCAGGACUAGUUUUGAAGGUUUGAAGAUAUAAAACCUUCUUCUUCAACUGCAGUUGCCAGUUGCAUUUGUUCUCAUGGCCAAUAAUCCUAUAAUCAUUAUUCAGUGUGUUGUUUUAUUUGCUAAAGUAGUUAUUAGUAUAUACGGCAAUUCACAUACACUCACAUGUGUAUUGUUAAAAAUUACUUUUGAAAGCUCAUAGUAUUCCCACAAAUGUGCAUUUGUUUCAUUUUAUAGAUGUGAGAAAUCAUUAUAGAGAUGAUUACAAGUGCCAUAAUAAACUUUUGAUUAUAAAACAAAUAAUUAAUUAAAAUAAAAUGAGAGUAUUAUAGAUGUGCUGGUAUUGUCUUAUAAACCAGGCAUAAUUGUUUUAAUGUAUAUUAUUUGUAAGUCUUCUGAUUGGGAAGUAUUCUUGCAAAAAGGGGAAAAAUUUUCCUUAUAGCAUUCAGUUAUUAUUUAAUAUAUAAUAACUGUAUCAUUUAUAUAUUAAUAAUCUCUUAAAUUCAUACUUUUAGCAUCUGUGUUUUCAUGCCAGUCUGUUAUAUCAAAGCAUGGAAACUGUUUUUUAUCCAUUGAGAGAUCAUAAAAUGCUACGAUUUUAAACCAGAUUUGAUGUUUAUGUAGGCAUCAUGUAGACUAGUUUACAAGGAUUGUUCCUAGAACAAAAUUUUAGGUAUAGCACAUUGUACUUAUGUACCCUGAUAGAUGUUAAGUUUUUCCUCAUAAUUUGCCAUGAUGAAUGAGACAUUCGUCUAAGCAUGAAAAAAGAUUUUCAAUGUUUAUUCGUAUAGUGGUUGCAUGGACUUUGAGUGACUGCUGUAUCAUCAUUCUGAAAUUUAUGGCAACUAAUAUAUACUUUCAAGAGUUGUGGAGAGAUGACAAUAUACUUUGUCCAGAAGCUGGUGGAUGGUAUAAAAUCUACAGUUGGCAGUGUUAAAAGAAGGGACAGAUUUAUCAGUUAUUAUUUCCCUUGUAAUCACUUACUUAUCUUCAAUAUUUUAAAUACUCUAAGAAGGUACGGAAGACUACAUAUUUUAAAGUGACAAGGUAAUCAUAGCAGUGGUGACUCAGUGGUUUAUGAUCUAGGAUAACACAUUUUAAAAUAUGGCCACUUGAAUAUAUUAUACCAUGUUUAGAAAAUACCUCUUUUAUCAUACUUAUGUAGGAAAAUAAGGUAUUUAUCAUGGAACAUAAGGUACAGUGUGUUAUAUCCAAUCAUACUAUUAAAAAGUAAUUAUCCAUGGACGAAUUCUUGGGAUGCUACUUGUUGAUUGAAUAUUUCUUAUAUUCAGAAAUUUUCUUUGCUUAUUUAAUUUUAUGUAGUUAUUUUCUGUAUGUAAAUACAAAAAAAUUAUCCUUGGGAUGUCAUUGAUGUUACUCUUUUAAUUCCAACAAUUAUAACUAAUGUUUAACCAAUUAUUAAGGCUUCAGUUACAAAAGUUUGACUUCAAUCAUGCUUUUUGUUGUCAUACUUUACUGAAAAUUUUUCUCCCUGACAUUCUUUUGAAUUUUUAUGUAUGAUUAAUUUUUUUAAGGUUAGGUAUGUAACAGCAGUAAAAUUUUUACUGUUACAAAAGGACUUACGUCUUUGUAUGAUCAAAUAUUUUUAAGGCGUAAAUACAUAUAUUUUAAUUCUUGCCAUUAAAAACAUACCUUAUAAGUUCCGAAUCUAAAAAAAAUUGCAGUAAGUCAUCCAGAUCUAGACUGAAAAAUGGUAUAUUGCAUGAAAUUUAAAGCUACAUAAAUUCAUUUUUGAAUACUAUAUUAGUGUUUUUUCAUAAUUUUAAACUUUAUUAUAAAUGUAAUAAUCAAUGAAAAAUUAAAAUUUAAAAAAUUUAGAAUCCCUUGUUUUUGACACACUUAUAUUUUAUUCUUUCAUAUAUAUUCACUAUAUGCAUUUUGUGUGCAGAGCAUUUUUUUCCCGUUUUUGUAAACAUUUUUAGCUAAAUGUCGGGUUCCUCUUGU